CGUCAAAUUUGCUGUUCGACGGUCAAAAAUUAUUAGUGCAAAUGAUUACCAAUUUGAAAAGGCGCAAGUGCCAACGAAAGGCUCGUACAAAAUCUAACGACACUUACUUUUCAAUACCUUCUUUACCCAGCAAUGAGCAGGCUAACAUUACCCAAAAUUAUGCUGAAAGCAUAGCGCGUGGAAAGCUGCAUCAAAAUCAACGCUUUUGCAAACGGAACGCGGGGAUAAAGGUGCCAGAGACAAAAAGAAAUACAAAAUAUGGAAAAGAUUGUAGUUCCGCCCCUCUUGGUAGUCAUAAAAAAGGUGCAGAGAAGCGCAGUCCGAGGAAAAGAUGUAAUGUACGCGGUGGUGACAAUUUAGAACGCGCCAAUCUCUCAGGACAAGUCGGUCCCCUAAAGUCAAAGAGGAAAGAGGAGGGAAAACGAAACGGAAGGAAAUUGUACAGUAAAUCUGAGUGCGCGAACUUCCUGCAGUUCUACGAUGCAUCGUCGCAAGUGUGGCGGACAUUCCAUGCGAACACGGUUUCUUCAUUGGAACACUGUAAAUGGUUACCUUCCACCGGUCCCAAGAAAGUGAACAGCCUUGUAACUGAAGUGACGGCAAUUCCCUACAAACCUCGAACCACUGGCGGCUCGUGUUGUGCCGAUGAAAAACCCACAUCGGCACUAGACUUGCAAAGAAACUCUAAUUUUAAGAGAUCGCCACCAGAAAUCAAGUAUGGUCUCCUUAUACCACCGAAUCACAGUCCCCUCAAAUUGUUGGUCGUCUGCGCCCAUCCCGAUCCUGUAUCAGAGGCACUAUCGAAGGCGGCGGACAAGCUUGGAUAUGACGUGACCACGUGCCACUCGUACGAAGAAGCGUUAGAAGAAUUCCUUUCAAAAUUACAUGACUUAAUCGUUAUAGAUGCCAGAUAUACCUCAAAAGCUUUAGAUUACGAUACACUGUGUAGAUCAAUACGAAACACAAGAGGAAGCCAGCACACGGCCGCCGUAGCGCUGGUGAAGAGAAGCGUUUUCGAUAAGGACGAUGUUACGAUUAUGUCUCUUCUUGACGCCGGAUUUAACAGGUGUAUCGCAGAGACCACCAACAUCGUUCAUUUCGUUAACGAGCUAAUUCAAAUUAGACACGGCGAUAUCAGACCACUAGCACAGACCGCCGUCAAUCAAUCCCUUUACAUAGCGUUGGAAAAGUGCAGCGAUAUUGUGCUAAUUACGGACGAUAGCUAUCGAUUACAGUACGUUAACAGGUCCAGCGAACGCUUCUUGGGAUAUCGGUACGAUGAGCUCUUGGGGAAAAGUAUUCAUGAGCAGUUCAUAGCCGACCCCCUACAAGUCACCUCUAUGACAUCGUCUCUUAUGAGGGCUCGGGAAUGGCAAGGAAGUUUGUUGGUGCGCAAAAAGAGUCAGGAUACAGUGUCUUGUAAUUGCAAGGGCAUACCAAUUAUAUGCGCGGGGCGGGUUCCAACGCACUUUGUUUUAAUAUUGGAUGUUCACGGCAUAACGGAAUUAACUCCGACCAGUUAUUCCUUAGAUAAACCUCGUGGUAGUGUACAAUCGAAUCGAAGAACAUCAAUGGAUGUGCGUAGCGUAAGCAGUGAUUACUUCAGGCGAACGUCUUUAGCAAAACUAUCAGCUCUCCCCUUAGAAGCUCCAAUUACUAAGGUGAUAAGUCUUUUGUCUCAAGCUCAAGAACAGACUAAUCCGAACGUUGUCAGCAUCAUUGACAAAGUGAUCGAAAUACUGAAUAACACAGAACUAUACUCGCCUCAUCUGAAGGACGAUUUAAGAUUGAAAUGUGACGAACCCGUAACUUCCGACCUCAUUACUGCUCUUCUUAUGCAGCAGCCCCAGAUACAGUUGGCCCCAUCCUCCCGGCGGAGCAGUAAUGAUUCCACGGCGGUGCGAAAUGUAUCACGCGGCAUAUCUAAAGUUAGGGUACCGGCCCAAAUAAAAGAUCUACUCGAUACCUCGCUAACCUGGGAGUUCGACAUAUUUAGAUUAGAGGAGCUGACCAACAAGAAGCCACUCAUCCACCUCGGCAUGAAUCUAUUUUUACACUUUGACGUUCCAGCCACUUUAAAUUGCGACGAAAAGACCUUGCAAAAUUGGCUGACGGUAAUAGAGAUGAAUUAUCACGUCGAUAAUUUUUACCACAACUCGACACAUGCCGCAGACGUGAUGCAGGCGACCGCCGGCUUUCUGGAGAAAGAUAGGCUAAAGGCGAUUAUGGAUCCUCUAGAUGAGGCAUCGUCGCUUAUAGCCGCCUGUUCACAUGACGUCGACCACCCCGGAAAAUCAAGUGCUUUCCUCAGUAACUGUGACAAUCCAUUAGCUAUACUGUACAAUGAUGUAACCGUUCUCGAAAAUCAUCAUGCGGCACUUACUUUUAAAUUAACUUUAGGUGAUGAUAGGAUAAAUAUUUUUAAACAUUUAGAUAGGGAAACGUACAAAGUUGCACGCCAUAACGUAAUUGAUAUGAUCUUAGCCACAGAGAUGACGAAACAUUUUGAACAUUUAGCCAAAUUUGUCAAUGUGUUUUGUCAAAAAACCUCGCGGGUCGACGGUGAAUCUUCAGAUUAUAUACCAAUUACGUUACCUGACAAUAUUACAUUAGUUAAGAGAAUGAUGAUUAAAUGCGCCGACGUAUCUAAUCCCACGAGACCUUUAAGACUGUGUGUUGAAUGGGCCCGACGAAUUGCCGAAGAAUAUUUCGCACAAACUGAUGAGGAAAAAUCGAAAGGCUUGCCGGUCGUUAUGCCCAUGUUUGACAGAAUAACAUGCUCGAUACCUAAAUCUCAAAUAGGUUUUGUAGAUUAUAUUGUUCACGAUAUGUUCGAGGCGUGGGAUGCUUUCAUCGACAUGCCUGAAUUGGUCACCUAUAUGAGACAGAACUACAUUAGAUGGAAGGAAUUUGAUGAAGAAGGCCAUAACACGUCCUCAGAUAUUCGAAAACUACAAAACACAAUAUUAAUGGCGCCCGCUAUUAUACCAAAAAGUUCAAUAAAGAGAAAUGACUGACAGUUGCGUUUUCGUCAUAGCGUGGACGUAAGUGAACUACGAACGUUUCUAGUUAAAAAACUCUAAAAAAGUGUACUGAAUGUAUCGUGGCCCGUUAAUAUAAUACCUACCAUUGUUUAAAGUAUUUUAACAAUGAUAAUACCUACCUAGCUUUUAAUACUUGUAAUGUGAAAUGUAUUUUAUUAACUGUAUACAAUUUAUGUACCUUAUUCUAUUUAAAUGUUAACAAUACUGCAUGCUGGACGUGCAAAUCUUUUAAUAUAAAUAUUAAAUUA